CAUCCGCACCUGCCUUUGUUUACCGAAUCCAAACAUUCCCGUCGCGUACCUCAAAAGACUAUUCAGACCAUGGAAGACGUCGUCGUAACCCCGCAGUUCAAAUCGACUAAUGCCUCCGUCCCAUCACCAACUGCAACACACGCCGCAUGCCUUAAUGGCGCGCGCUUGCAAAUACGCUGUCUUACCACCUUGGAGAUCGUGCGGAGUAUAACGAUACCUUCAAGUCAUGAUCUUAGAAACUCGAGAAUCGCCUGGUCGUCACCUACCCUACCACCGCUGACCUCGUCCACAUUGAGACCCUCGCCCAGCUCAACACCACCGCGUCGAUCCUCACGCACACCGCGGCCAUGCUCGAACCGCGUCCUCAUUUCCGACGACGAUACAACGCGCGUAUACGAUCUUCGCGACGAAAGAUGGAACGCUGUGAUAAGCAAUGGCUCAGGCGGCAUGGGCAAGAAUGUGCAUGCCGAGUUUGGUGCGAACGAGGAUGAAAUCAUUGUCUGGAGCGACUUCACCGCAUGUGCCAAGAUAUGGUGUCUCAAGACUGGAAGGGCCGUAGAAAUACGCGACCCCAAGUUUGUAGGCAAAGAUGGUAAGGGGUGGGGCUACCGGCCUGGCGAGGACACAGACUCGAGGGGUGGAAGACGAAGAGGCGGUGUUCUUGCACUGCUAUGCCGUGCAGCAGGCGCUGAUAUUCUAUUGCUCUUGGCCCCAGGCACAUAUAAGGUCAUCAAUCGCGUUGAGCUUACGACAAGCGAUGCGGCAGGGCUGAGAUGGAGUCGCGAUGGCCGCUGGCUGGCGGUCUGGGACGCAGCCUCUGCUGGCUACAAACUUCACAUCUACACUGCCGACGGACAUUUGUAUCGCACCAUGACCCGCGAGCCCUCAGACGACGCCAGCGAGUGGGAUGUGGAAGGUUUGGGCAUCAAGACGCUCGAAUGGGUGCCUGGCAAUGAACGUCUGGCGGUCGGGGGUUGGGACCGUCGCGUCCGUAUCCUGUCUACACGCACCUUCGCACCCGUUGUUUUCCUGGACCACACCCCCGUCAUUGACGUGCCCAGUGCGCCCGUAUACAGCGAACAUGUCGAUAGCCAGGGAAACCGCAGCUUCACAAUCUCGCAGCAGCCCGUCAUCCCUCCAAAAGCAGCCUUGGAGAAGAACGAAACCGGGCUUAUGAAGCAGGGCAUCGGCAUGUUGACUUUCAACGCAGACGGCACAUUAUGUGCGACGCGUGACGACAGCACACCAUGUACAGUGUGGAUCUGGGAUCUUACCAUGCUCCGACCUCGGUGCAUAACAGUCCAAUACAGUCCAGUCAAGAACCUGCUCUGGCACCCCACCGAUCCAAACCGUAUACUCAUCCAGACGACCCAAGACGAACCAACCGUAUAUCUCUACACAGCCGCAACCUCUCAUUCACCAUCAUCAUCCACCUCUCAUUCCACAUCCGCCCACCAAUCCUCUUUCCAGCAUCCCCCAGCCAUUCUCAUCCUAUGCCCUCAAAUCAGUAAACCAGCAGGCUCUGCACCACCCCGCUGGUCAACAACCUGGCUCUCCACCCCUCCGGACAAAAAGCCCGCACUCGUAUUCGGUCAUCAGCAAGCACACGUACUGGUGUGGCCUGAGGGCAAAGAUAAGAUCUUGCGCUUCGAGCGUGAUGACGAGGACGAGCAGGAGGAUUCGGACGACAGUUUAUUCGAUAUACUUACUGGACGGACGCCGAUACCUGAGUUUAACGGGAAUAGUAGGGAGGAAAAUGGGAUGGAAGAAGAUGGGUUUGGGGAUAGUGUUGGGACGGUGCAGGGGCUCGAUGAUACGUUUAGAGGGAAGAGGGGGAGGGAUGAUACACAUGACGAACGAGAAGGCGGAAGAGAAGAGAGGGAGGAGCAGAGCUUAUACGACGAGGGCGUCUUGGGCGAGAGCGGUAUGAGCGAGAUGUUCUAA